GCGGCCGCAGGACGGCUUCGCUGCGGGAGGGUGCCGGUCCUUGGGAGCUGUAAGGGCCGGGCGGAAAAGCUGCCCAAAAAGCGGCUUUCUUGGAUGUGCUCGGGGCCGCCUGGGGAAAACAGGCUUCCUUCUGAUAAUCUCUUGGGGAUUUCAUGGGUUGACAGCUCCUGGAUUCCAAUAUUAAACAAUGGGAGUGUGUUGGACUAUUUCUCAGAGCGAAGUAACCCUUUCUAUGACCGAACAUGUAACAAUGAAGUCGUCAAAAUGCAGCGGAUGACUCUGGACCAUUUGAACCAGAUGGUUGGAGUGGAGUACAUCCUUCUCCAUGCUCAAGAGCCCAUCCUCUUCAUUAUCCGAAAGCAGCAAAGACAAUCUCCAACACAAGUUAUACCAUUGGCUGACUACUAUAUUAUUGCUGGAGUGAUUUACCAAGCACCUGACUUAGGAUCUGUCAUUAACUCCAGAGUUCUUACUGCAGUGCAUGGAAUUCAGUCUGCUUUUGAAGAAGCUAUGUCCUACUGUCGCUAUCACCCAUCCAAAGGCUACUGGUGGCAUUUCAAAGAUGAAGAAGAACGAGAGAAAACUAAACCAAAAGCCAAGAAGAAAGAAGAGCCAAGCUCUAUUUUCCAAAGACAACGAGUAGAUGCUUUGCUUUUAGACCUAAGGCAAAAGUUUCCACCCAGAUUUGUUCAGCAAAAGCCUGGAGAAAAGCCUAUCCCAGUGGAUCAAAUCAAGAAGGAACCAGAACCAGUCCCUGAAGCUGUGAAGACAGAGGAAAAAGAGACUGUAAAGAAUGCCCAGAGUGCUGGUGCUAAAGGACCACCUGAAAAACGAAUGAGACUCCAGUGAAGGGAGAAGCUAUUGCACAUCUGAAUUAGUCAGUACCUGGAAAACAGAAGAUUCUUGCUCCCUUUUCUUUAUAUUUAAGCUCUUCCACUGAGACUGACAAUUUAAGGACUGAGAUCCCUGUAACAGCUUUUUUUUAGAAACCUCUCAUGCAAAUGUUAAUGUCAGGAUUUGAACUGCCUCAAAGGAGGUGUUUUCAGUCUUCAUCUUAUUUUGAAUGCUGACUUCUGAGAAUGGUUUUUACAUGGACAUGUUCAGCAGCCUCCUGAAAUCUUUACAAACUCCUGCAUUCUUUGUGUCUUGGUUUCCUAUGUUACAAGAAAAAAACACUUUUAUAUAUAAAAAGGAAUUGGAAUUCUUGGCAAAUAAAACUCCUGGCUGCUGGAAUGCCUUUCUUAAAUGUAUACUUUGUUAGUAGGAAAUAUGUCAUAUGUGCUGGCAGCAUUUUUUUUUUUUUCUUUUUGCUUGGACUUUGGAAUAUAUUGUCUUUUCUCUUGAGGAGGAAAAGUUAGGUUACCCCCUACAAAUUGCUAUGCCUCUAGUGUGCUUGGGAUAAAGAUAAGAGAUUUGAUAACUGGACCCUCAAAUCCAUGUAAUUAGGUGUCAGAAUGGUCUCAGUUUCUAGAUAUUUUUGGACAUGGGUUUUACUUAAUGGUUGAGCUGAUAGUUUAUUAUAGAAGUUAGUGUUUUGGGACAGAGAUUUAUGAUGUAAAACAGGCUAAGAUUUCUUGAUGUUGCACACUCAGUGAAGCUGUUUAUAUUUCUAAUUUUCCACUGUAACUCAAAUAUAUCAAUCGCAUCUCUUCCUCUGUGCUCCUGGCACUUUCUUAAUCCUUCAUUAGACAUGUGCCUUUUGAUGUUUCUCUUCCACUGUGGGACAGUGGAAGAGAAACAUCACUGACACCUAUACACUUAUUUAAGCAUGUUUACAUAAACCUUUUUUUGUCACAGAUAGCUGGUCAAAUUUAUCUUUAGGUUAUAAGACACUCUUUUUCAGUAACUUAGCUCUCCAGUCAGAGCUGUUUAUUCCUGAAUGAUAGAAAGACUUGUCAGGGCUAUUUAUUAUUGACUGAUAAAAAGAUCCAUGCCAUUUUAUCAUAUAAUCCAAAGUUGCAAUGUUAAAAGAUGUAGAUAUACCAAUAGCUGUUCUCAGUUAAUGCAGAUACAGAUCUGAAAUUCAUAUAUUCAUAUACUUGAGUGUGUAUUAGGUUUAUUUCAAACCUGGAUCAAGUUUGAACAGUCAUUUCUCAAAAUGUUGAUAAAAGUAGAUAAAAUAGUGUGAACUAUUACAUCAAGUGAAAAUAUAGAAAGCAGUUAUUCUGGGACGCUCAGAACCAGACAAGGUCGUGUGAAUAUACUUAGAAAAAAAGGAUGUUGGUUCUUUCUUGUAUUACAGAAAUUCCUCUGAAAGCAAGUAGUGGAAGAAGCACAAAAGCCAUUCCCUCAUCCACCACCAUGAAGGAAAGCCAGGAUUUCCAGAAAUGAGACAUGAAUGGUGAGGCACCUCAGCAGAUCUUGUUGUUGGAUGGCCAGAAUAAAGUCCUUGGAAAUGGCCAUUAAGUGAGCUGGAAACCUGUAUGUAAUUUGGAAAAAGUUACCAAGACAGAUGUCACACUGCACUUAAUGAAGAUCUAGAGUAUUGGGCUUCAGUUGUGUGUGGGUUUUUCUUUUUUUUUUGGUUCGGUUUGGAUUUUUAAAUGGAGAAAGAUUAUCUGUUCAUGCACCAAGGAAAUAUUUAACACUAUUAGCAGAAGAAAGCUUACUUAUUGCUGAAGGUGCAUACAACUGUGGCAAAAAAUGCAUGCUAUAAUAUAGUAUGAGCAAAAUACUCUAUCAGUCACUAGACUUCACCUGAAAUAAAGUGUGUUGUGCAAUUCAA